UUUCUCUGACAAAAUACUAUAUGAUUUCCCCAAGAUCUUGGUGUAUAUAUAUUUUGUGCAAAACAAAUACAAAUAAAAACCAUAAAUAAAAUCAAGCUAGCCUUGGCAAAAUCAUUGAAAAAAUAUAUUUAACAAAAUAUCCAUAAAAAAGAGAUAAAAAAAAAACCAAAAUCGAUUUAAAAAUAUAUAUUUAUACACACAACGGUUUCACUUUGCGAGUUGUAUACAAAAAGUAAUAAUAAAAAAUAAAAUACAAAAAAAAAUAAAUAAAACAAAACCGAUUUACAGUUAAGCACGCAAAUUGAUCAUUUGUUUGGCCAUAGAAGGGCCUUUGAAAAACCUCUAAAAAUAUAAAAUACAAAUAAUACACAAGAAAGUGCAAAUCAAUGUGCAAAAUCAAAUUAUAUAUUCAAUAAUUAUCACAUCCGAUAAUACAUAUAUAAUGCCGCCUAACAAACUAAGCAAACAUGGAUUAACGCAUUUAUUGUAGAUUUACUAUCUAUGGGAUACUGAAGUCAACGAGAAAGGUUUUAAUUCAACUUUUUUCCAACCUAAAUCAGUGACUAAAAGUGUUUCAUUUACGUUUCGUACGCGAUUUUUAUGUGUGUGUAGACAACAAAUAAACGGCAACAACAACAAUAAAUUAGCAACAUCAUUGUCUGUGGCAGCCAUCAGAAACAACAACAACAACAACAACAACAACGAAGGGCACAUCUAACGCUGCGGCUAACAGAUGAGCCCCAACAACAGAUGUCAAUUGCUGCAGCCGAAAAUGCAGGGCUUAGCCCAAGUGACUUACCAGAUCAUUGGGCCUCAGGUACAUCAAAUCCAGCGACCUCAACUAGCAGCAGCAGCAGCAGCAACAACAGCAGCAGCAACCACAACAACAACAAGUACAACAGCGGCAACAUAUCGGUCUGCAACCUGCCGCGCUCAUCGCCGGCCGCUGCUACAGCAGCCGUUACUUUAUCGUCGGCCGCCGGCGGUAUUGGCAGCAACUUGUUGAGCGGCUUGCAUCACGGACUGGCGCCCGGAACGCAUCCAUUGCAGCGCGCAACGGCAGCCAGUGGAGGCGGGGCUGGUGCUGGGGGCGUGGCAGGCGCCUCAACAGCAGCGGCACUUACACUCCAACAGCAGCAGCAGCAGCAACAGCAACAUCAGCACCAACAGCAACAGCAGCAACAACAACAACAAUUGGUGUACCAGCAAAAUCAGCAACUGCAUCAGCAAAUCAUCUCACAACGUUCUAUACAAAAUAAGGCGGCGGCCACCGCUGCCGCACAAACGGCAAAUCUUGCAGCUGCCUUGCAGCGAUCGGCUGCCAUUAUGAAUGCGGUGGCAUCGCCGAUCUCAGCCAACUCUGCCAACUCAGCGACGUCCGGCCGGAAGAUACGACGCAAGACGGAUUCAAAGGUCAAUCUGCCUCAAUCACAAAUCAACAAAUGCAACAAUGAGAAGCGGCGUCGCGAGGCGGAGAACGGCUAUAUCGAGCAGCUGUCGGAGAUAUUGACGCUGAACAAGCGUGGAGAUAUGACCUCAACGAAACCGGACAAGGCGGCUAUACUAAACCAAGUGGUUCGAACGUACCGUGAGAUUUGUGACAAGGGCCAAAACCGUGAUAUAUCCUCAACGUCGACGAACAACAACAACUCCACGACAACGACCAACAACAACACGAAUAGUAACAAUAACAACAACACCAGCAAACCGCAAGCAACCUCAACACGCUGCAGCCGCUGUGCCACGGACAAUUGCUCGAUUCAUCCGGUGCAACAGGGCGAGGUCUCAUCAACAGAACCCCCGCUCCCAGAACCAUCAUUGCUCCUUGGCCAAGUGCCAGAGAUAUCAGCUUAUUUCGAGGCACUCGAACAUUAUAUCAGCGGAGUCGGUUGGGUCCUGUUGCAGGUGAACGCCAACGGCAUCAUUGAGUCCUGCACGCAGAACAUCCGCGAUCUGAUCGGCUAUGAGAAACAGGAGCUGUACCACCAGCCCCUCUACAUGUACCUCUAUUCGGGGGACCACGCCAAGCUAGAGCCGAUCAUCAACAACAUGUACAGCAAUCCCAAUGGCGGAAGUAACAACUCCGCCAGUAAUUCUGGCCCAGGUGGCAGUUCUGCUGGCCCCUCGGCGGGUGUUUGGGGCGAUCUCGAGGAGCUGAAUAAUGGCAAUGCUUCCCAGCAGUCGGCUGGCUCCAAUUCCAGUUCAGGUGGACCGGGCGGUGGAGGAGGAGCUGGUGGGAAUUCCGGUGGUAAGUCAAAGCGCAGCAUCUCCGCCAAGGUGCGUAUGCUAGUCAAGGACACACGCACUGCCACCCAGACAUCAUCGAACUGCGAGGAGAAGCCACUGAGGCAGGCCGGUCAUCAGGACAAGUACGAGGAGGUGGUACUCAUAGCGGCUCCAGUUAAGGAUGAUGCCGAUGCUAGCAGCUCAGUUCUGUGCCUGAUCACACGGCCGGAGGACGAGUCUCCUCUGGAGAUCAACAUUCAGCAGCAUGUGCAGCAGCAGCCGAUCGAGCAGAUGACCUUCAAGCUCGACAUCCACGGCAAAAUACUCACCCUCGACCCCACGGCCCUGCGGGAACCGUUUAAACAGCACCUGCAGACGUGGGUGGGACGCCUGUGGCAGGAUCUCUGUCAUCCGCACGACCUCUCCACGCUCAAAUCGCAUCUGCGCGAUAUCCAGGACUCGGCCAGCGCCAAUUCACCGGGUGCAGGAGCAGGCACCAGCGUGAUAUCGCGUCCAUUUCGCCUAAGAUUGGGAGCGCCAGAUGUAUACGUUCAUGUGAAGGCUAACUCGAGACUGUUCCUCAACCAGACGCCCGGCGAGGGUGACUUCAUCAUGUCCGUGCAGACGCUGCUCAACUCAGAAAACGACAUGAAUAGCAACAACACCGGAGCGGGCAGUGGAGGAUUGGGCUUGGGCCAAUUGUGCGCCAUGGCGCCGAGCCCUUCACUUGCCAGCUCCCUGCUCAGCAGCCUUUCUAUGGACGGUCUGCACGGAGGAACCGGUUCAGGUUCGGGAUCGUCAUCUUCGCCAGCGGCCUCUGGCAUGCUGCCCACUCAUCUGCUGGGCGGACUAGUGGGUGGCGGUCAGCAGGGUGGUGGUGGUAAUAGUACACAGACCACAAGUGUAGGCGGACCACUGAUGAGCAGCGCCAUUAUCAACGGCAGCGGACUGCAGCAGCAACAGCAGCAGCAGCAACGAUCCGGCGCCAGUUCCUCGGCCAGCUCGUCGGCGAAUGCCUUGGUCAAUGCAUUUACCGCCUCGCCAGCGGCCACGGAGCACGGCUUCUAUGGAACCGAUUCCUUCGAAUUCGACAUUGUACAACAUUCCGCAUUCGAAUUGGAUCCCAGCGGCGGCGUGGGAGCCUGGACAGAUUCGCGUCCCAAUUCGCGAGCCUCAGUGGCCACGCCCGUCAGCACGCCGCGUCCUCCGUCUGGACAUGGCUUUAGUCCGGCUGUUUGCGCAUCUCCGGCUACUCCCUAUCAGCUCUCCUCACACUCUGCCGCCAGCCUACCAUCACCGCAGUCAAAUGCCAGUGCCGGCGGUGGCAACUAUGGUUUCAACUUUCACUCCUUUGAAACGGGCGAUAUAAAGCCCGAGAAGGAUGUCCAGCAGCAGCAGCAAAACCAGCAGCAGCAAGGCAACAACAGCAGCAGCACCAGCAGUGGAAACAAUCCCCUACUGGGAGGCGGUUUGCCAAAUGGAGUUGGUGGGAUGUUGCUUUCCCAGCAACAGCAGCAGCAGCAGCAAACACCACCGCAACAGCAGCAACAGCAACAACAACAACAACAACAGGAAUCCUCGGAGCGAUUGCGGCAUCUGCUGACCAAAUCGCAGAGCAUGGCCGGCGGUCUGGGAGGACUGGGGGAUGAUGAGAAGUACUUUAAGCCGGAGGGCAGCGAUGAAGAAAAGCUGUCCGGCGGUGGCUUCAAGAUGGGCGCCCAGCCCGGCGGCAUGGGAAUGUUUGGACCAAUGGGAUCGAUGGGACGUGGUGUUGGCAACACCAGCAUGCUACACAAGGCAGGCAAUUCACAGAACCCAAUGCUGCUCAAGCUACUCAACGAAAAGUCCGAGGAUGAUGAUGGAAAUGGAUCUGGUGGUGGUCCUGGUUCUAUGAACAACUCGCGCCAGAGCGAGCUAAUGCGGCAGCUAAAGAAUCCAGAUGGAGGUAGCCACGGGAUGCAUCGUAGCAAUGCUAGCGGUAAUAUGAGUAACGAGGAUCUGAAGGCCAUGCUCAAGAUCCAGAGCGAUCCUUCGCAGAGUCGCAAGCGGUCUUUGAACGAGCCAGACGACGAUCCCUCCGCCAAGAGGUCGGAGGAUAAACCCAGCAAACUGUACACGCAGAACAAGAUGUUGGCCAAGCUACUGCAGAAUCCGCCAAAGAUACCCAAAGCACCCAAUCCCGAGCAGCCACUGCAAGUAAAGACGCUGCCAGACAUUACCAGCUCCACAGUAAGCAGUUCGCUGGCAGCUCCGGGUAACCUCAUAAGCGCUGGCACCACCGGUCCCAAAGCGGCGGCAAAUCGCAACCGGAAACAACAGCAACAGCAGCAACAACAGCAGCAACAACAGCAGCAGCAACAGCAACAGGCCUCCGGCAUUCCUCCCCAGCAGCUACAACAGCAGCCAAACGAUGUCUACCUCAGCCAGCAGCAGCAGCAGCAGCAACAGCAACUUCAGCCGCCGCAGCUGGCCUUCCAGCACCAGCAACAGCAACUGGCGACCACAGCAACUACCUCAAUUACCACAGCGGCCUCCACUUCGGCUGCGGCGGCUGCAGCUGCGGCAGCAGGGGCCAUUCUGGGCGAUGGCGAUACAGAGCUGUCCAAGCUGCUGGACAGCGUAAUGGAGUAUUACUCAGAUGAUACUCCCAUCGUGACCAAUGCUCCAUCAGAGGCCUCGGCAAUCAGCGAUAUUCAAAAGUCGCUGAUGCUAGACGUCGAAUCGGCAACGUUUGGAAACGAUUUGAACCAACAGCUUAUGAUGAGCCAACAGCAACAGCACCAGCAACAACAGCAGCAGCAACAGCUGCUAGCGUUGCAGCUUGCCCAGCAGCAGCAGCAACAGAGACAACAGCAUCUGCAACAGCCGCCCGCUUAUCCGGGUAUGCUUAACAUGCAACAGCAGCAACAUCAACAGCCAAACCAGCAACACAUCAUGCAGCGCAUGGAAGCCUUGCGCAGUCAGGCUAACCAGGGAUUCCAGCGACCACCUCCAAUGUAUCCAGCACGCGGACGUGGACCUAUGAAUGCGGUGGCCACUCCCGGUGGCGUAGUCUUGCCUGCCCAGCAGCAACUGCGCAACAUGCGACAGCAGCAACAGCUAGCGGCUGCCCAGCAGAAGGAGCGUUUGUUGCAGCAACAGCAGAAACAACAGCUGUUGGUUCCUGAGAAUGCCACUGGCAUGAAUGCGGGCUUAAACAACAUCGGCUCGUUGCUCAACACGACGGUGGCUCCAAACGUGUCCCUAUCCCGCACCAACCUGCCCUCAGACGCUCAGCUCAGUCCAAACUUUGCUCAGACUCUGAUGCAGCAGCAGCUGAGUCCUGGUCGCAGCACACCCUACAGUCCGCAGCCCAAUCAAGGCUACGCCCCUCAGUUCCCGCAACCCGGCCAACGUCUCUCCCCGCAGCAGCAGCAGCAACUUAACCAGCAGCAACAGAACAAUGCCCAGCAGCAACAGUUGGCCUACCAACAGCAGCAGCAACAGGUUGGUGACGGUGGACGUUCUAAUACACCGUUUGGUUCAAAUUCGGGAAUGCAGUCGCCGGGCAUGCAGAAUAGUCCACAGCAGUGGGGCUCUGGUGGCGGAGGUGGCGGCGGACCUGGUGGUCCACUGCCAAGUGGCAAUGCUGGGAGAACGCUUCAACAACACAACCCUAUGCUCAUAGCACAGCUGCAGGGCGUGAGUCCGUAUAAUGCGCGUCAAUACCAACAGAACCAGAGACGCGGCCUGAACUCACCGGGAGCCGUUGGACCCGGUGGUAAUCCGGCGGCACAAGCGGCACUGCAGCGACAGAACUCGUUCCAGGGACAGGGCGGUGGCGGGGCCACAACACCCGAUGGUUCCGGUGUGGGUUUCGGUGGUCCACAGUCGCCCUACGGCAGCAAUGUCAACGUUUUCCAGCAGCAACAGUUGCAGCGACUGCAGCGGCAGGGUAGCGUGCCACAGGCCACACAACAUCUGCCAGGCUCGCCACGCUUUGGCUCCUCACCGGGCAGCAGCAACAACAACAACAACAACAACACUGAUAGCUCAGCUGGUGGCGGCAACAAUCAGCAGCAGCAGCAACAGCAGCAACAGCACCAGCAGCAACAUCAGCAACAGCAACAGCUGAUGAAUGGGCUGAGCAUGUCGCCACAUCCGCAUCCACAUCCGGCUAUGAUGGGCGUGGGCGGUAUGGGCAGUGGCGGUGGCAACGGCAUCAUUGGCCUUGGCGGCGGGGGCGGCAAUUACGGUGCCACCCUUGGCGGCUACGGGCAAUCGCAGCAGGCGAAUGAUUUCUAUGGUCGCGCGCAGACCGCUGGCGGUGGCGGCGGAGUAGCCGGUGGCAAUGCCAAUUCCGAGUUCGUUAAGCAGGAGCUGCGAGCGGUGGUCAGUGUGCGGGCGCAGCAGGCGGCGGCAGCGGCCACUGGUGGAGCAGGCGUCGGUGGAGGAGGCAUAGUGCAGCGAGGACAGACGCCGCAGAGUCCAUUGCAGCAGGGUGCCGUGAUCGGUGGCGGUGGGAUUGUAGGCGGGGCCAACAGUGCAAACACUAUGGGCAACGUCACGCCCACGGGCAGCGGUAAUGUCAGCAAUUCCAUGCUCAACACGCCGCCAGACCCAACGAUGGGCUUUAGUUUCGAGACGCCGGACUUCUUCACCAGCAGCGCCACGAGGUGACCCUAAGGUGCUUAACUGAGACCCAAGGAUCACCACAUACAACCAAAUCUUCUCUUGCGCACGCAUUUAUGGCUCUAAAAUACGAAAAAGAAAAAAUAACAAAAACCAUAGGAAAUCAUAGGAUGAAAGGAUGGAGCAUGUAAAUCUAAUUAAAAAUAUUAGCAGCACUAUUUAAAAAAUAUAUACCUAAAUAUAUUUAUUUUAUAAUACUAGCAAAUAUUAAUUUGUAAAGCAAAAAAGAAAGGGAACCUCGUCUAAGAAAUGAAAAAACGCGAAAACCUAAUUACCAGACACAAGCUAUAGUUAAAUAUUUUCAAAAAACCGCAAAAUAACUUCAUGAGAAAGUUAUAAAAAAUGAUACGAGAAAUGCAUAUUUAUUACGUUUAAAGAUAAAGCCUAGUUAAUAAGAGCUAUAUAUACAAAAGAAGGAAAACAGAAACAAAGCAAAAAAACAUAAAUAAUUAAGUUAAGGGCUGACCGUUUCGAGGUGUUGUUAAAUUGAUAUAUGUAUAUUUAAAAAAAAAACAGAAAUAACAAAUAACAUAAAAUAAUGUAUGACAUUUGAAGAGGCGUUGGCAAGCUCUAGACAUAACGACAAGCGAUGAUAAUAUUACAUAAUAAUGUAUACAAUUUGAAGGGAAGAGUAAAUGUAACAUGUAACAUGUAACAUGUAACACACAACAGACACAAACUUGCUGUAUAUUUAAAAGUAGUGUUGAAUUUUUUUUCAGUGUGAUAAUUUGUUAAAUUUUAUAUACUAAAUGUUGCUAAUUUGUUGCUGCAAAGGCACGUGGACCUCCAAAGGCUUUGCUUUUAUGUUUCUAAACAUUUUCUGGCAUCUUCAUGUUUUUGAAUUAUUAAUUUUCCAACCGGACCCCCCAAAUAGAUUUCACUUCUAUUCUACGAUUAGUAAAACUAUCCCCCCCUAUGAACUGUAAAUAUUUUCACAAAAAAAAAAUGUAACUCUUCUAAGUUGAGCCGCCUUAAAUUUUAAUUUGUAAUUUAGUUAAUGCUCGUUUAAACUUAUUGUAAUUAUUUUUAAAUACUUUUAUAUCAAAGCGAGAAAGCAAAGCGCGCAAAGCAAAGUUGGCGUUGCAAUUUCAUGUGAAGGCUAUUUUACAGGUUUUGUUUAAACUAAUAUGUAAUUUUAUCCAUUUUUUAUAUUAACUAUUACACGAUAAUUAUAUAACAAAUUGGCAUGUAUGAUUCGAAAAGAAAAACAAACAAAGAGAAACAAACACUUUCAAUGAACAUAUUUUGCUGGCUAAAGCUAAGCAAGAACGUUUCACGUUUUCUAUUAUGUAAUUUUUUAUUGAUUUUUGAUUUUGUUUAAAUCUUUAAGUCUAUUAAGUUGGGUUCAAUCGUUAUAAAUAUUAUUUUAAAGAAGAAACGAUACAAAUGCUAUACAAAUAUUAUUGAUAAAAAUUUAGUUUAUAAUUUUAUUAAAAAUACUGUUUAAACUGCAAAGCCCUAAAUAAAAAUUUAUAUACAAUAUAUUAAAGAUUUAAUGUUUUAUUUACUUAUGAUUUUCUUUAACAAAUUAUUAUACUGAAACAAGGCAUCCAAAAGAAAAACAACGACAAAAACAACACGAAUAUAUAUGGAAUAUAAAAUUGAGGAAAACGGCGAUAUUAACACUUGGGAAAAUAGAAAUACCUCUCGUUAAGUUCAAAAAACGUAUGAUAAAAAUACAAAUUUAUAAAAAAAAAAAGGAAAAGGAAAGAACAUAACCAAAUAACCAUUAAAUAUUACAUUAAGAUAACUGUAAAUAGUUUUCGAAUGAUUCAGAUAAAAAUACACUUCAAAAUCUAUUAAGGGAAAUCAUUUUUAGAUGCUGCUAGCUAAAUUACAAUUGUCACACUUAAAUAUUAGCAUAGGAUGAGUUUUUUUCUUUAAGAGGCUACAUUUAAUGCAAUUAAAUUAAAAAUUAUAAAGCUAAAAACAAGAAAGUAAAGCGAAAAAUGAAAUAAUGGAAACAAUGUCGGCCAGUUUUCGGCCCCCAGCUCUCCCCAUAAUUUUUUAUACUGACAAGACCUCAAACCAGGAAAGUAUAAGUAUAAAAAAUGAAUAUACACAAGUAUACUGCAUUUAGCAUUAUAUUAUACACCUAUAUAAAUAGUUUUAAUGCCAGUUAUUCAUAUAUAUACCAUUUCAUAAGUAUAUAUAUAUAUUUAUACGGUGUAAGGAUAUAGCAAAUUUCACACACAGCAACACAAAAAGUACAUAUAAAGUGCAUUAAUGAAUUUAAGCAUUUAAUGAAAUUAAUUAAUUUAUAAGCAUAACGAAAUAUACGGGAUUAUUUCGAACAUAUAUAUAUAUAUAUAUUUCAAAUAAACAAAUAUUUACAAAUGGCAUAAACUUCAUGGAGUAUUUAAGGUAAUUAACCUAAUACACUUAAAGCUAACUAACUAAUAAUGCAAAAUAAUAUUUACGAGAAUGCAAGGAGUUCAUUUUUAUAAGUAAAAUACCUACUUAGGUGCAUAUAUGAUUUGGUAAGUUCUUAGAUUAUCAGGCACCUUUCCAUUUUUGUAUAUACCAAAAACGCAUCUUAGAAUUUAUCAGUAAAUUUGAAACACUUUCAAUAUACCAGCUUAGCUUUUUUCGUAUUUCGAUCAUCGGAGGACAAAUUGGUUUCGCUGGACACAUCUGAUGCAAAAGUAAAUUUUUCUUUCUGUAUACCGGAAGCGUAUUUGUUCGUACUGUACAGUCACGAUUAAACAAGUGAAUUUAUUUAAUUUGUAUGCAACCUAGUACCAUAAAAUUUGUACCAAAUCACAACACUGACGAUUUAAGAUAUUAGCCGAGAGAUAAUGGAGAGAUGAAAAUAAAAACAAAACAAAUAAUGCAACGCCCUGUACCCGUGCAUAAAGCCUACAAAGAUUUGUUAAACUUGAUAUUACAAAAAUAAAUACUAUUUACUAAAUACAAAAAAGAUGCCCUGAACCGCAAUGAGUAGUGCCCAAAAAACCAUAAGAAUAACGGAAUAUAUAUAUAUAUAAACCUAGCAUUUAAAAGUUAUAACGAAUUCUAAAACAACAGCCUCAAAAAAAUAGAUUUAAACAAAAUAGCAAAAAAAAAAAAAAAAUAGCACAAUUUUGUAUAAAAGCGAGUAGAAAUUUGUACGAACGCAAAGUAGAUCCACGAAAAAAUACCAGAAACGAGAGCAAUAUAAAAAACUAAACAAAACUCACGCAGAAUUACGAAACACAACUACUCAAUAUUUCAAUUAUUUUCCCUUCAGUCUAUUCAGAAAACAAAAAUCAUAAAAAAAAAAAAUAGUGGAGUGAAAAUAUCGGUUUGAUGGAAAAAAGCAUCGUUGAUUGGCUGUGUUAAACAAAAAAUGAUAAAAAGUUGAAAGACCGAAAAGCGUACGACGAAUAGGCCUACAAAAUUGGCUUAAAAAGAGAGAUUUUUCAAAAGUAGCAGUCGGAGUUUUGAAAUAGUUGGUCGAGGUUAGAGUAGUUAGAUGCGUUCGGGGAACGCGCGUAGGAACCGAAACCGAUAUUUAAUUAGAAGUUUGGAUUUAUGCUGAAUUUAUGGAAGGGGAUCAGAUCUUUAAGAGCAGGCAACUUCAGUUCAAAUUGUCACAUAUUUAUAUAUUGUUUAUACAUCAAUGAAUAUUAUUAUAUUAUCCAUACUUUUUGGCUAUGAUAUUGUAUCGUGAUUUGGAGGGAAGACUGUACUGAAACGGAAACGGCAAAUUGUUUAAAAAUUAUCAUGAUCAUUUUGAUUAGAUUAAAUACUCGUUUAUUGCUAGUUUUGGGUUAAGGCGACUGUUCAUCGCCCUACACACAAAAAAUUGAUUUAUUCGUUUAAAAUCGUUUUACAAGGACCUAUCAAACCCACUAUAUAUCCUCACAAAAACAUAAUGAAUGUUACAAAUCUGAGUGUUAUGUUGUUGUCACCUGUCACUGUUCGUUCACUGUCACUGUCACUGUUUACACGUAUCGAUUGAUUGUCCUCAUAUGUUGUCUUUGUCUCUAAACAUGGUAUUAAAUAAUUCAGUAAAACAAAUAAAAAAAACAAAAACAAGCGUAUUUUAAGUCUCUAUAUAUGUACCUUUUGCUAUGUAUUGUAUUUUUAUGUAACUGUAACUAUAUAUAUACGCCCCUCACCCACUCACAUCGACACUGUCAUUUUUCACACUCGAAUGGGAAACCAAGAAAACAAAUGCUAAAUUUAACACUAAAAAUUUAUGAUAAUUUUUAAAAUUAAAGCUGUAUAUGUGUAAAUGUAACUUUUGUCUAAGGAUUCACCAAAAUUGAAACUGAAAAAGGAAAUAAGGGAAUUAAGGGGAAUUUUCAUUUAAAAGAAUACACAAUAUACUUUAAUUUAACUAAGUACUUACAAAAGCAUAUUUGAGAAUGUUCACACACACACCACACAUGCAACACAAUAGAAAAAUGUUUAAACAAUUAAAUUUGAAAUUAGUGGAGACAAGAUUCUGUACGCUAUGUUUGUACUUAUAAAUCGAUAUAUAUAUAUACAUAAAGGUAAUUAAAUUUAUUAAUUAAUUAUACAACAACAAAAAGCAAGAAAACUGCAGCAAACAGCAACAAGAACAACAGACACGUUCACUUAAUGUUUAACAACUGAACAAAAACAUUGAAAAUGAGAAAAUGAAAAAGACUAAAUAAAAUAUUAACGAAAUAAGCGUAA